AUGCACACCGUCUUUCGAAUCGGUGAAAUUCGAAAAAUUGAUAAGAAAAGUCCACUUUAUGAAGUGGAACUCAAACUUACGCCGGAUGAUGACCAACAACUUCGUCAAUUAACCGACCGCGUACGAGAAGAAUCUUCGGGUAGCACUGGAUGGUAUCGAAUGGGUAAAUUGCUACUCAAAAUUGGUCAAUUCAACAAGGCCGAAGAAUUGUACAUGGCACUACUAGAACAGGCUUCUAACGACAGUGAUAAAGCACAUAUCUAUCACCAGCUUGGAUGGUUGAAAGACGACCAAGGACAAUACCAAGAAGCAGCUUCAUUUUAUGAAAUGUCUCUCAAAAUUGAACGAAAAACUCUUCCAGAAGAUCAUCCUUCAUUGGCUAAUACCUACAACAACAUCGCUAUAGUGUACAACGACAUGGGUGACUACUCGAAAGCACUUGAAUUUUACGGAAAAGCACAUAAAAUAAAAGAAAAAGCUCUGCCUCCGAAUCAUCCCGAAUUGGCUAUUUCCUACGGCAACAUCGGUCAAGUGUAUAAGAACAUGGGUGACUAUUCGAAAGCACUUGAAUUUUACGAAAAAGAUCUCGAAAUCACGAAAAAAGCUCUGCCUCCGAAUCAUCCCGAUUUGGCUAGCUCAUACAACAGCAUCGGUCAAGUGUAUAACACCAUGGGUGACUACUCGAAAGCACUUGAAUUUUACGAAAAAUCACAUCAAAUCCUCGAAAAAGCUCUACCUUCGAAUCAUCCCAAUUUGGCUAUUUCCUACAACAAUAUCGGUCAAGUGUAUAACAACAUGGGUGACUACUCGAAAGCACUUGACUUUUUCAAAAAGUCACAAAAAAUCUUUGUGGAAACUCUGCCUGAGAAUCAUCCUGAUUUGGCUUUUCCAUACAACUGGUUCGGAAAAAUUUAUCGCAGUAUGAAAGAUUAUUCAAAAGCACUUGAGAAUUUCGCAAAAUGUCUCGCAAUAUUUCAAAAAACGUUACCUGAAAGACAUCCCAAUCGAGCUAUUACAUAUAGUAAUAUAGGUGAUGUUCAUCGAUUAAUGGGUAAUUAUGAAAAAGCACUUGCAUUCCAUCAAAAAGCAUUAAAUAUUCAAGAAAAUGUUCA